AUGGUAGCAGCAGCAGCAGCAGCAGCAGCGGCAGCAGCAGCAGCAGCAGCAGCAGCGGCAGCAGAAGAAGCAGCAGCAGCAGCAGACGCAGCAGCAGCAAAUGCAGCAGCAGCAGCAGCAGCAGAAGCAGCAUUACCGGGGGUACCGAGCUCGAAUUCACUGGCCGUCCACACCCUUGCUGACUCUUUAUGCGUAUGUGCUGAAGCCCGGAGGACUUAUCUACACAGGCCAAAAGAGAAGGCAGGGCUUCAUACACUGCAGUCUUCAGGCGCCUUUAGCCGCCCUCGAGGUGGUUGGGGCUCAAGACUCACAGGGCUUCAAGCAGCAACGGCAGCAGCAGCAGCAAAGCCAUCAGCAGCUGCAACAACAACAGCAAAGUUAUGGUCAUUAUCAGCGUCAGCAGCAACAAAGCCAUCAGCAGCAGCAGCAGCAGCAGCAACCCCAGCAGCAGCAGCAACAGCUGCAGCAGAAGCAGCACACUUUGAGUUUGCCAAAGGGUUUCUGCCUGGCCUUCGACUGGCGAAUCCGAAAACGAAAUUUCUUCUGUUUGAAGGAGCAAAGCGAAACUCCCUUUCAUUAGGCCUCGGAGACGAGGGAGCCUCUGUUUACAUUAAUUUGGAUUUGUACGAAAAGCCUCACCCGCUGAUGCAGCGGCUGCUGGACCUUCAAGCCAUUGCUGCAACAGCAGCAAACAGCAGCAGCAGCAGCAGCAGAAGGCAGGAGCAGCAGCAGCAGCAGCAGCAGCAGCAAGGGUCUCCUGUGGGCUGA